AUGGAGAUUCCGAAAGUCCAAAGAGACAAAUCGUCAUCUAGAGACUCGGACUUACACGUUGUUACACUCAUUUCGUGUUCAUUUCUUUCGUCCCAGACGUUUCGAAACCACAUUUCAUCUCCUUUAAGAUACAUCUUAACUCCACUGAGGCUCAUCAAGGACGCCACCGCUUUCAAUAAUAUCAUCGUCACAGUCCCACAAGAAUGGAAACUUCACAUUUUGUUCUUCGUGAUCUCAAGGCGGGCGAUGUUCUUCCACGGUGAAGAUCCGAUUGCUGAGAUUGUGGGAGGCUGA